CAUCUGACGAGUAAUUACUCAUUCAAUGAAAAUUUAGGUGGGAAAAAAAGCCCAAAUUGUAUUUUUUUCCCCCCGUCUAUCCACGGACACGCGCAUUGUAAGGAAGGAGAGGAGGGCGUCGGGGGCGUGCUUUCCGUGUCUGGUUAGUAGACUGACAGCCAGCUGUGCGGCUACAACAACAAUCUCCUUUGCUACAUACAACUAGAUUCUGGUUUUGGUCAGCCGCCGGUCGCAACCGACUUCUGUAGCCGGUGUUUUAAAGCGAACACUCGACAGCACGCUGCCACUUUUGUCCCGUAUCAUCGCCGGGUUGUCUGCUAACUAGCUAGAAGAGCGUUUCCUCCAACAUGAAUCCGAUGUGUGGCAGAUGUAAUCAAGUCGUUUACCCCACGGAAAAAGUGAACUGUCUGGACAAGUACUGGCAUAAAGGAUGCUUCAGCUGCGAGAUCUGCAAAAUGACUCUAAACAUGAAGAAUUACAAAGGCUUCGAGAAGAGACCAUACUGCAAUGCACACUACCCCAAGACAAACUUUACCUGUGUGGCUGAUACUCCAGAGAACCUUCGCCUCAAACAGCAGACCAAGAUGCAGAGCCAGGUUCACUACAAGGAGGACUUUGAGAAGAAUAAAGGCAAAGGUUUCAGCGUGGUCGCCGACACGCCAGAGCUGCAGAGAAUUAAGAAAACACAGGACCAGAUCAGCAAUAUCAAAUACCAUGAGGAUUUUGAGAAGAUGAAGACUGGUGCAGAUGCUCCAUAUCAGCCUAGCAACCCCAACCAAGGCUCUUACCAGCAGCCUGCAGCCUCCCAGGACUACCACCCGCGUGAGCCUACUCCUGAACCAGUGCGCGAGGCUCCUGCUAAUCGUCCCAGUUCUGGGAGGCGAUACAGAGCCGUGUACGACUACACUGCUGCCGAUGAC